GCCAGCUGGCGUUGAGGCAAGAGAAUCGUUGAAGAUCUUGGCAUCACUCAACUGACGAAACAGCCGCCCUGAUUCGAUUCGUGCUUUUUCCUGAUGGAUUCGGAGCGGCCUGCAGGAUACGGACAUAUAUGACCAUCCUGCCAUUAUGCCUCCAGCUGCUAUUGAUCACGUGCCAAAUCAGCACCGCCUUCAUCUAUCCAUCGCGGCCCCUCAAGCGGACACUGGCAGCCCCUCUACACAGCCAUGCGGUCGUGCAGCGCACUCUGCGGCAGCCCUCUCGACACACAUCGCCUCCGCCAACAGACAGGGACAGCCGUCAUCUCGUCACCAACCAGCGAAUCGACGAUGCUCAGACAACCGGGGAAAUCAUCCAAAUCGUCCAGCAAGAAGGCGGUCCGUCACCUCUGCGGACGCCACUACUCGUGAGGGCCCUCCAACGAGCGGCCUGUCUGGAAGGCAGCAUGAAUGGAGUGUCGUGUUUGGUCCGCGAGGCUGUCGAGCGGGCGACAAAUGGGGCCUUUUUGCCUUCACAAGUCGCCAAGCUCAUGUGGGUGAUUGCGCGAUGGUGCCGACACAACGACGCGGGGGAGGAGCUUUGGAGCGCGUUGCUGACGUUCAUGGAUUUGGGUGACGGCAACUGGCGGGGGAAGGAUUUGACUCUCGCGCUGUACAGUCUGGCGAAGAGGCGAGAGGGCGACUUUGAGCUGAUAUCGAUGCUGCAGGAUCGGCUGAUGGACAGCCAGCUGACCGGGAGGGACGUGCCGAUGGUCAUGUGGUCACUCGGUACACUGCAGCGGCAGUUCUCGUCUUCUGUGGGCAUCUUGCCCUCUCUAGUGGAGAUCCUUCUCGCUUCCGCCUGCCGUCGCGUCAACGACAUGACCACACAGGGCGUUGGCAACUGCCUGUGGGCAUCAGCUGAGCUGCUCGCGGACCCUUCUCGCCCUCCCCCCGCCCUCGUUGCCUUCAUGCAGCUGGCGGUGGAGCGCCUGAGUGCGGAAGAGGCCCUUAAGGACGGGGACAUUGUGCAAGCUCUGUGGUCGACCGCGAGGAUGCUCUAUAUUAUGAUGGGAGAGGGCAAUGAAGGUUUAUCUGCUGUGCAUAAGGCGCUGAAUGGACUGGUUGAGAAGUGGAGUGGGCGGCUGGUGGGUCGGCUCAGGGCGGGGAAGAUCCACAAGGAGGCCUACCUCGUGCAGCUGCUCAUGUUUUGCGCUAUCCGACGUACGCACGCACCAUGGCACGGCACCACACAGAACCGGCAUAGUGCAGUGAGUGCAUGAUUGUGUCAUCGUCUGUCUGUCCUGUGUUUGUCUGAUCAGGUCUGAACGCGGAACAUGACCCCCUUCCGCGGGCGUUGGUCAAUCGCCUUGUGGACCCACGCCCAUUGGCUCCUUUCGGUUCCUUCAAGGAUGACAGCAUGAGAUACACACUGGCUGCGAUGGCCCAGAUGAACGUGUCGCGACCUGAGGCCAUCAAUGCAACUGUACAGGUGAGAUGAGAUGAGAUGCGGCGGCAGAUAGACAGACAGACAGAUCGAUCACGAGAACAGAUGGAGAAAAGGAAAGACUCAUUUGCCUGUCUUGAUGCAUCCCUUCAGGUGCUGUCUUCGUCGCUGUCCACUCUGUCUCCGCGCACCCUCGCCCUUUGCCCAUGGGCCCUGGCCACACUCGCCGGCAACAUGACACCACCCUCAGCACACGUGAACGACGGCAUCGACGCGCUCAUGCAAGACAUCUCUCAGCGGAUCCUUUCCAGUGUGGAUGAGAUGAACGAGGUGAUGGUUGGCUCGCCGCGGCUGCUGUUUCUGUGCGCAUGGGGGCUGGCCAAGAGGGGAGCGAUGGAUGCAGCGACACGAGAGCUGAUGGCGGGGUGGGGGCGAAGGGCCUGGAGGAGAUUCAACCAAGAGGUGCGCCACUGGGAUGCUGCCAUCCAGCAAUUUAAUGGAUCGACAGGGCUUGUGUAUGUCUGUCUGUUGUGUCUACGCAGGAGCUGUCGACAUUCGUUUGGGCGCUCGCAAAAGGGAAGGGGAACGGCGGAUCGCCUAAUGUGGAUGCGUUGAUGCAUGAGGUCACGCAGACGAUAUAUAAACGAUAUGGACCACUCUUUCUUCUGUGUGACCACUUAUGUCUGUCAUUGCGCAUCUGCAGGUGUGUGCCGAGCUUCCCCUUGUCCUUCCACACAUGACGGCCCGGUCCAUUGCGAAGCUUCUGUGGUCGCUCUCCCGGCUGGACGCCCUCCACCCCCCGCCCCUCCUCGGCGCCUUCACAUCCAUUCUCCACCCCUCCCUCCCCACCCUCUCCCCACACACACUCGCCGCCAUUGUCUCGUCCAUCGGCUUCAUGCUCAACCACAGAGGACGGCAGACCGAGCAAAACAGAGACGCGGUGCGGGCCUUCCUCAGGGACGUCCUCGCUGAGUGUCUGCACCGGCCCGCCGCGUUUUCCAGCCGCGAGUUGGCGACGGUUGGGUGGGGGAUGGUCACUUGUGGGUAUGGGAUCAGGGAGGGGUGGGAGGCUUAUCUGUGGGCGGCUCGUCAGCGGAUCGAGGAUCGACGACAGCGCAUGGAUGCAGGAGUGAGUAGUCGGGGACAGACAGACACACAAGGGAGGGCGGGUGGAUGGACAGCAAUUGAAAUUGAUGCUCAUGGGCUUUCUUUGUUGUGCUGCUGCCCGCCCUUUCAGAGUUGUUCAGUGGUUGCCUGGGUCUUGGCGCGAUCGAGUCACCACCACUUCACUGCCGAUGCCGCCAUGCAACAAGACAUCAGGAGCUGUCGUGAGAGGCUGGUGGAGCGCCUCGAGAGCGAGACCGAUGAUUGGUUCGCGAGCCUCGGGCCCAGCGACGUCAGCGUGCUCACUGCCAGCAUCUUGACAGACGACAUACCGAUCCCGCCGUCCACCAUCUCUCGUCUGGUCCGCCAAGCGAGCCGCCAUCUGCCGGUGACGCCCUCCCCGCUACUGUGCCCAUCUCUGCUGGCCCUCUGCUCCCUCGCCCAGGCAGACGAGCCCACCCUGCCGCCCGCCAUCGCCGCAGAGCUGAAAGGCUUCACUCGCGACGCUGCCGCUCGGCUGCUGGCCGAUCACGGCUUGCGUCCGCCGUCUGUGGAUGAGAGGACUCUUGCCGAUCGCAUUGCGGCCAUCGCUGACCGAUGGAUGCCGUGCUUGUUGCUGGCGUCUGCCUGCCUGGCGGAGAGUGGCUGGGGGGGCGAGAAGGACGAGAGGUGUGUGGUGCUGGUGGGCGAGAGGGUGCUGAGGAUGCUCGUGAGUGGAGAGACCAGGGUGACGCGACAAGACCUGGCCGCCAUACGGCUCGCGGCACAGCUGCUGGGCAGGGGGCAGAGUGUGCAGGAAGAAGAGCACACGACUUGAUGGUGGGUGAGGAACUUGUUCGUUGCGGUGCCCUCAAGGGUUGGCAUGGUGUGUGCAGAGAGAGAGGAGAAACAUGGAGGGGUGAUGCAGCUUCUCGCGUCGCACUGUCAUUGGUCUGCGUGAGAGGCCGUGUGGCGGGCGCCAGAUCGCCGCUCCCUCUCAACCGGACGAUGCUGCACAAGAGACCCACGCCAGCACUGAUGGCUGCAAUGUGUGUGCAUGACGCAAAUUGGCUUGCGCCAUUGCUGGGUGGGUGCAUCACGCUGUGGCUCGCCUCGUGUGUCGUGUGGCCCAGAAACAUUGAAAGGACGGUGUGAUGAAUGGGUGUGACAUACAGGCAGAGACAUGCGACCUCCCAAGUUGUCUUGUUUCCAAUUCCAUGGCGC